CAUGUCUGUCGAUCAAUUGUGAACAAAAAAGAAAUUCUUUUUUCUUCCAUUUAUUAUUUGUUUGAAUGCAAGUUUGUGUUGAUUAUUGGAAAUUAAAAAUCUACAUUUAAAUUUAAAUCGUAAUUAAAAUGUCAUCAACAAAUCCAGCAUUCGUUCAUCAUCAUGAUCAUCAUUCAUCGAAUUUUAUCGUUUAUCAUCAUCCAAAUAUAAUUACGACAAUUCAACCACAUAAUUCAUCACCAAUAAUUCAUGCUCAUCAUUAUAACCCGAAAAAUUCUGCGAUAAUGUUAUUAUCCAGUUCGAAUGAAGAAAAUACAAUUUCAAUAUCUGAAUUAUCAUCACCCGAUUAUUCGGAUUCUGGUACAUAUCAUCCCAGACAAUGGGCUGAACAUGCUCAUUCUAUUCGUUUAUCAUCAUCACCCGAUCGUACUGGUGCUCAUUCGCCAUCAGAUCUGGCAUCAUCACCGAUACGAUCAUCACCAAUUUUAUUUUCACCACCACCUCCAAAACAAUCCACUUUUCAACAAAAACAAUCUUCAUCCAUUUCUGUUGAUCGUUCCUUUUUGAAUGAAAAAUCGGAUAUUCAAUGCGAAAAUAGACAGCGAUCAGACAAUAUGUAUGUUACACCAAUGAAAAAAUCCAUAUCAUCAGAUUCAACAACACCACAAACACAGAAUUUAAAACGUGGUCGUCCCCGUAAUGAGGAUAUUUCCAACCUUAUUCUAUCUGGAUCAAAUUCACUAUCAUCGAUUAAAUGCGAUAUAUGUCAUCGUGUAUUUCCAAGAGAAAAAAGUCUACAAGCACAUCUUCGUACACACACAGGCGAAAGGCCAUAUCGUUGUGAUUAUGUUGGCUGUGGCCGAGCAUUCGCACAAUCCGGUCAGCUACGUACCCAUCAACGUUUACAUACGGGAGAAAAACCAUUCAUAUGUCGACAACGUGAUUGUCAUAAUCGUUUCACUCAUCCUAAUCGCCGAUGUUCAUUACAUCCAUCGGCUGGUGUUCGACGUAUCAUACCUGUUCAACCGGUUAUUGGUUUUGGUGGGAAUAAAUCGACAAAAAAGGCUUCUGUUAUCAAGAAUAUUAACGAUGAUAACAAUCAAUCAAUAAUGGCUUCCACAAACAAUAUUAACAAUGACGAUAAUAACAACAACAGGUUGGACAAGUCCAUAGAAUUGGCGCCAUUAUCACAACCGAUUUCUUUUACAUUAUCAUCAUCAUCGAAUGUAUUACAACAACAACCAGUUGUUGUGGCACGAAAAACUGUUAUCAAUCAUACUGGACGAGCAAAUAUUUCAAGAAAAUUAGACGCUGAAUUAAGCGCUGUUGCUGUUGCUAAUUUUAAUGCUGCGGCAACUAUAACACCGACAAUUGCCGCACCAACGUCGCCGCCACCACCACCACCACCACAAUCGGAUAUCUGUAAUGAUGAAAACAAUCCCGAAUUAUUGGGAGCAUUAGCGUUGAUGGAAUUGGCUAAUGGAAUUUUGAAAAAAUCUACCAACACUGAAAAUAUUCAUCCUAAAUUCGAUUCUGAGAAUCAAAUUAAACACGAUGAUGCUUAUUUGAAACGGACGAAAAGAAUUCUACAAAGUAUUCAAUUAAAUUAAACAAACAGAAUCGUGUGAUUGGUGAUUAAAUUGUCUACACUAGAUGAAAAGAAUCAACGUUUUCUUGAUUUAAACAAGAAAAAAAAUCCCGGUUUACCGUGGUCAUUUU